CAAUGCCUCGAUGUCAAAGUGCCUCGCUUUCACGAUUUUUCUUGUACCGGCACAGUCUUGUUGUUUUUUCUCGGGCAAAUUCGAUUUUCGUCGAUGAUAAUUCGUUCGAUGAUCAGUGAGGUCAGUACAUCGGGAAUACGAAUGUCUGCUUGAUUUAGACGAGUUGUCAUUCAAUAUUUGUGAUGUUCUGUCCAAAACAAUUGUUAUAGUUGGAUAUCAAUAAAAUAUGGGGGUACUUGGAUUAUGGAAGUUGCUGGAUGCAACGGGAAAGCCUGUACCACUGGAAACAUUGGAAGGAAAAGUCCUAGCUGUUGAUGUUUCAAUAUGGAUACAUCAAGUUAUUCAAGGGUAUCAAGACAGACGAGGAAGCAUGCUUCCCAAUGCCCAUCUCAUUGGUUUAUUCAACAGGAUUUGCAAAUUGCUAUACUUCAAAAUUAAACCUGUGUUUGUUUUCGACGGUGGUGUUCCAUUGUUGAAGAAGAAUACCAUUGCUAACCGCAGAAAACUAAAAUCUAUUGCUGCUAGUAAAGCACAAAAAUUAAAGAAUGAUUUAAUUAACAAUUUGAUAAAGCAUACAGCAAUCCAAGGAGCUAUUGAAAAAGAUGUCGAUAAUAAUGAUGCAAGUAGUUCACAAUCAGUAUUUAAAAAUUCUUCUCUUGCAAGUUCUUCUCAACAACCAGAUUUAUAUAAAUUACCAGAUAUACCUAUUCCCAUUCAACCAAAAGAUUCAGAUGAUUACAUAGAUUCUGAUGAUGAACCCAGUCCUCGUAAGCAAACAAAAUGGGCUGGUAACAUACAUUCAGUUGAUAUUACUACUGAAGAAUUUAGAAAUUUACCAGCUGAUGUAAGAUAUGAUAUAUUAACUGAUUUAAAAGAAACGAGAAAACAAAGUUCUUGGGGCAGAAUGCAUGAAUUACCAGCUGGUUCAGACAAUUAUUCUGGAUUUCAAGUUGGACGAUUGCUGAAAAGAAGAACUGUGCAGGAAUCAUUAGAAAUUGCUGAAAAAGAGAUGGGAGGAAAAUCAUUAACUCUUGAGGAGCUAGAUAGACUUCUUACAGAUCAAGGAAUCAGUACAACUCAACAAGAUACAGCAUUCAGAAUAGCUUCUGACAGUACAACUCGAGUCGUUUACAUCAAAGAUACUAAUCAAUUAGUGCAAACCAAUGAUAAAUCUAAUAGCUCAAAUGCUUCUGAUAUCUCUGAAUGUAAAAAAAAUGCAACCAUUGAAAAUAAUGAGCCUUCCACAACUAAUGAAGUUCAUUCUGAUGAUGAGGAAUGGAUUUCAGAAGGUGAAUUUGUUGAAACUACUCAUGAUGAAUCUCAACUUUUUCCUCGAAGCAUAAUUCCUAAGUCAGUUAUGAAUCCAGCUUUGGCUUACAUGUUAGAAAAUAGUAAUUUGUCCAAAGAUCAAAUUUUAAAAAUUGUUGAGCAAAGCAAAAGGAAUAAAAAACCAUCUGAUGAAAACAGUUCUAAUAGUUCAAUGAAGAAAAGAAAAAAGAACGUUAAAAAAAAUUUAUUUACUCAGAAAAAUAAAAAAAGUAAAAGAGUUCCAGAUCCAUCUCUUCCUGAAUCUUCCAAUCUUAAAGAAGAAAUUUCAGAUCACUCAGAGUCUGCAACUGUUAUUGACUCAAAUUCAGAAUCUGAUGACUUUGUCGAAAUUCCAAUGGAACCUGAAGUGAGCAAAAAAGAAGUUGUUAUCCACACUUCUGAUUCUGAUUCUGAUGAUUUUAUUGAAAUUCAUAAUGUUCCGAUACCAGAAUUAUUUUCUGAUAAAAACACCCAAAAAGAUAGUUUUCAAAUUGUGAUUAAAGCUGAAGACAAUUUGGAGGAUGAUAUUUUUGCAGAUGUUUUUAGUGACAUUAAAUCUUCAAAUGAUUCUGCAUUUAAAAGUGAAUCUAAGACAGUAUUAAAUUUAAUUCAAGAAUCAAAAGACUUAAUUUCUCCAAAAAAGGAAUUUCCAUUGACAACAAUCAAUGAAGAAUCAGAAGAAGAUGAAACAUUUAUUGAAGUUAAAGAAAAUGAAGAUACUCUGCAUGAAGAGAAAAAAGAUAUUGUGGUUGCUGAAUCUUCAUAUAAUGUAGAAAAAGUUACUCCAAAGGUAAAAAAUAUUGACAGUAUUGAAUCAAAAAAUGUUAUUGCAGACUCAAAAAUGUCAGCAAGUAUAGAGAAAAAAGAAUCCCUGGUAACUGAACAAUUUGCAAACGUUGAUAUGAAAGAAGACAUGCAAACUGAAGAAAUAAUUUCCAAAAAUAUCACUUCAGAACAAUAUAGAAACGUUGAUAUGGAAGAAGUUACGCAAACUGAAGAAGUAAUUUCCAAAAAUAUCACGUCAGAAAUUGAAAAAGAAAAUGUUUCGUCUGUUAAUGAAAAAAUCGUAGAAUCAGAUACUGGCAAUUUGAUUAAUGAUUCGGAAGAUUUUCUAAACGAUUUUUCAGAUGAAAUGUUACUUUCUGAUUUGUACAAGGAAAGGAGAGUUGAGAAACCAGCAUUGGUUUUACCAACAGAUGAAGCAGAACUCGAAAUAAUGAAGGAGCAACUAGAGAGCGAACGACAAAAAUUACAAAAUAAUCUUGGAAAGCUUGAAAGACAAGCAGUUGACAUUACAGAACAGAUGAGAAGCGAGGCACAAGAACUUUUACGUCUAUUUGGCUUACCAUACAUCGUAGCUCCAAUGGAAGCCGAAGCUCAAUGCGCUUAUUUAGAACAAAUAAAACUAGUUGACGGAACGAUAACGGACGAUUCUGAUGUGUGGCUAUUUGGCUCACAUUGCGUGUACAAAAACUUUUUCGAUAAUAAUAAGCGAGUUCUGCAGUUUCUCUCUGAUGAUAUAGAACAUCACUUUAAGCUCACGAGAAAAGAAAUGAUUUUGUUGGCACUCCUGGUCGGCAGUGAUUACACAAAUGGGCUAGCUGGAGUGGGUCCAGUAACUGGUUUAGAAAUUCUGGCUUCUUUUCCUACAGAAGGAGAAGAUAUUUUGCGAGGUUUACGAUCAUUUUGUGCAUGGUUUAGAGCUGGGAGAUUGAGCGCGCCAACAAAAUCGACUUUGAGAAAUAAGUUGAAAAACAUCCAAAUCGAAAAAGGAUUUCCAAGUCAAGCUGUUGUGCAGGCAUAUUUAUGCCCAACAAUAGAUGAGUCAAGAGACGAAUUUUCAUGGGGCAAACCGAAUCUAGUUCUACUUGCUGAUUAUGUAAAACAAAAAUUUGGCUGGACCAAACUGAAAUUUGAGGAAAUUAUGAAUCCAGUUUUGAAAAAAAUGGCCGAGGGGAAAAGUCAAAAGGGUAUCAGCUCUUAUUUUAAAGUUAAGACUGUUCCAAAAUCAAUCGAGGCUGCUCUAAGCAAGAGAGUUCAGAAUGCUGUACACAAAUUACACGGUAAAGGGGAAGAAUCCGAUGACGAAGCUUCUGCAUCGAGUGUCAAAGAAAAACCAAAAAGAACAAAAAAAACUUCUUCAAAAUCACAAGAAAAAACUGUUGAAUCGACCGAAGAAAUUUCCACAACGGGUGUGGAAAAACCAAAAAGAGUCAGAAAAACAACUGCCAAAAAACGUAAAAGUACAAAAGACGAAUUAGAUCAAGCGGAAGAAGUUGUGCUUGAUCUCGAGGCCAAAGAAAAAUAUCACGAGGUUGAAGAUGGGAAAGUGUCCAGCCAGUCAGAAAAUGAAACGACAGUUACUGUACGAGUCAAAAAAGCAAAAUUGGACGAAGAAGAUCCGGAGAAAAAAUUACAGGAACAUAUGGAACAAAUCAGGCGAAGGAGACCAUUGAAGGGGGAGGUCGAUGAUUACAUACCACAACGUGAACGAGACAAGGCUAACGCCUUAAAGGUAAAACUGAAGGCCAUCGAGAUAUUUCGCAAAUCGAAAAUCAGUCCUAGUAAAGCAACUUUGAGAAAAAGGGCUGUGAGAAAGGUUAAAAAAGAUGCUGAACUCUCGGAGAGUAGCAGCGACGAGUGAACACAAUAAUUUUGCAUGAGCGUUUCUGAUUAUUUUGUUAUUUUGUUACUUUGUUACGAUAGUUAUUUUGUAAGAUACAGUUUUCGUAAAAAUGUUGAGUAAUUGCACGAAGUGAAUA